AUGCCCAAGCCAGGGAGUGAAGAUUUAUACCAGCCCGGUUCCAUCCACCUCACUUUCGUCCCAGGAAUUUCUCCCGACUGUCAUUACAGGCCUCACCAAGGAAAUGGUUUCCACGAGACAGAAUCGUUCGGGCCGGUUGUCGGCAUUGUAACGGUUGAGUCUGAAGCCCAGAUCAUUGAGAUCGCUGAGCAGGCCAAUUAUGGGCUACCAGCCUCUAUCAUCUCCAGCAACCACUAUCGCGCCCUCAAGUUGUCCGAGUCUAUCAAGGCUUGA